UCAUUCAUGUGCAUUGCAAAGACAAUGGCGUCAGACAAAUUAUAGGAUGUGCAGAAGAAGUUUUCUCAAUGGUGGGUCUAUAAAUAAAAGUAAUGGCAUCUUUCCUAAUAUUUAGCUGUGAAUAUUGUCUCAUAAAAUUUGUUGAUUUUUGACUACCACCAAAAAGAGGGGUGAAAUUAGUCAUGAGGAUCUGACAUUAUGGUCAGAUAGUGACUCUGAGUUGACAGAAAAAUUAUAAAAUGUUCAAAUAGUAAGAUUUUUUUGCAUAUAUAUUUGGUUAUUAGGGACUUGUUUUGGUACAUAGGAGGAGAGUUCUAUUGGAUUUGGAGUUAUGGGGACUUACAAUCACUAUGUAAUUGUUAAGUUCAAGGAUGGUGUGGAAGUUGAAGAACUUAUCCAAGACUUGGAGAAGAUGAUUUCUGGGAUUGAGCAUGUCAAGUCCUUUGAAUGGGGAAAAGACAUUGAAAGCCAUGAAAUGCUAAGACAAGGUUUCACUCAUGCAUUCUUGAUGACAUUCAAUGGGAAAGAGGAUUUGAGUGCAUUUCAAGUUCAUCCAAAACAUACUGAAUUCUCCAAGAUUUUUUCACCUGCUCUUGAGAAUAUUGUGGUGCUGGAUUUCCCAUCUAACAUUGUCAAAGCACCAGCAUGAUCUAGAAAAUAUUCAAGCACUUAAAGUUUCCAUGUUUGAAGUGGAUACAUGUGUGUUGAAUCAAAGUAUCCUUAGUAUUUUAUUAUAGUGUGUUGCUACAAGUUCUCAUGCAAUUUCAACUUUGUCUUUAUAUGCUCUUGUAUUUUCCAAUUAAUGUAAUGUUCCAUAUGUUGGUAUUUGUUAAUAUAGUUCUCCCUCCGAUCUUAA